GGAUUAGAAUUUAGAAGAAAAGACACCCUGGAACAAGAAAGAGUCGAGCAAAAGGCAAAACCGGUUCCUCCGAAUCCAAACUUGCAGUGUGUGUUUGUGGGUCCAUUUCACAACAACUGCUGCCACCAUUCAAAUACAAAAUCUCCACCCACCACCACCACCGCCGCCGCCGCCGCCUCCUUCUCUUCUCUUCUCUUUCUUUCUGAUCUAUUUUUCCUCCUUCUUCUUCUUCAAUUGCAACACCAUGGGAAUUGCAGUGGGAGGAGCUGAUUUGCUGAGUGAGAAAGCAUCCAUGAUGAGGGAGUCUCUGCAAAAGAGCCAGACCAUCACUGACAACGUUGUUACCAUCCUAGGUUCCUUUGAUCACCGCCUCUCCGCCCUUGAAACCGCCAUGCGCCCCACUCAGAUUAGGACUCAUUCUAUUAGGAAAGCUCAUGAGAAUAUUGAUAAAACUUUGAAGGCUGCUGAAGGGAUUUUGGCUCACUUUGAUCAAUACCGCCAGGCAGAGGCAAAAAUACUUAAGGGGCCACAUGAAGAUUUGGAAAACUAUCUUGAUGCAAUUGAAAAACUGAGAAGCAACAUCCAGUUUUUUGGCAGUAAAAAAGGUUUUAAGAGUAGUGAUGGUAUUAUCUUCCACGCCAGUAAUUUGCUAGCUAAAGCCAUUUCUAAGCUUGAAGAUGAGUUUAAGCAGCUAUUGUCAUCUUACAGCAAACCUGUGGAACCUGAGCGCCUCUUCGAUUGCCUUCCAAACUCUAUGAGACCGUCAUCAGGAUCACCUAGCCAGGAGGGUGAUCCUACGGGAAAGAACCCGUCUUCUAAUCAUCAUUCCGAGUCGCACAACAACAAUAAUGCUGAUGCUGUUGUAUACACACCUCCUGCUCUUAUACCACCAAGAAUUUUGCCACUUCUACAUGAAUUAGCGCAGCAAAUGAUUGAAGCUGGACACCGGCAACAGUUGCUCAAAAUAUACAGAGAUUCCCGUUCUAAUGUGUUGGAAGAAAGCCUCCAAAAGCUUGGGGUUGAGAAACUUAACAAAGAUGAUGUUCAAAAGCUGCAAUGGGAGAUUUUGGAAGCCAAAAUUGGAAACUGGAUCCAUUUCAUGCGUAUAGCAGUCAAAUUGUUGUUUGCUGGCGAGAGGAAGGUUUGUGAUCAGAUAUUUGAAGGCUUUGAUUCACUUAGUGAACAGUGUUUUGCUGAAGUGACUACAAACAGUGUCACUAUGCUACUUAGUUUUGGAGAAGCGAUUGCCAAAAGCAAAAGAUCCCCAGAAAAGUUAUUUGUUCUUUUGGACAUGUAUGAAAUUAUGCAAGAGCUUCAUUCAGAGAUUGAAACACUUUUCAAAGGCAAAGCUUGCACUGAAAUAAGAGAGGCUGCAAUGAGUUUGACGAAACGACUUGCACAAACAGCCCAAGAGACAUUUGGAGAUUUUGAAGAAGCUGUUGAGAAAGAUGCUACAAAGACUGCAGUGACAGAUGGAACUGUUCAUCCUUUGACAAGCUAUGUAAUUAACUACGUCAAGUUUUUAUUUGACUACCGAUCCACCUUGAAGCAACUUUUCCAAGAAUUUGAAGGGGGAGAUGACUCUUCGCAAUUAGCAUCUGUAACGAUGCGAAUAAUGCAAGCCUUGCAAACUAAUUUAGAUGGGAAAUCAAAGCAGUACAGGGAUCCUGCAUUGACACAUCUUUUUCUCAUGAAUAAUAUUCAUUAUAUUGUCAGAUCGGUUCGUAGAUCCGAAGCUAAGGAUUUGCUGGGAGAUGAUUGGGUACAACGACAUAGGAGGAUUGUUCAGCAGCAUGCAAAUCAAUAUAAAAGAAAUGCUUGGGCAAAGAUUCUCCAAUGCCUAUCUAUUCAGGGCCUUAACUCCUCAGGAGGCGGUAGUGGUACUGCCGGUGGUGACGCUGCAGCCGGAAGUAGUAGCGGUGCUUCAAGGGCACUCGUUAAGGACAGGUUCAAGACGUUUAACGUUAUGUUCGAGGAACUCCAUCAGAAACAAUCUCAAUGGACAGUUCCUGACACCGAGUUGCGCGAGUCUCUUAGGCUUGCAGUUGCCGAAGUCUUGUUACCCGCCUAUAGAUCAUUUGUGAAACGAUUCGGGCCUCUAGUGGAAAGUGGAAAGACUCCUCAGAAGUACAUCAAAUACACCGCCGAAGAUCUAGACCGAAUGUUGGGCGAAUUUUUCGAAGGGAAGAACAUGAACGAAACCAAGCGGUAAACAAGCUGCGGAUUAAGGUGGGAUGAUUUAUGUACAGAGGUUCACACCUUUGUUGCAGCUUAGUUCUUAGUUCUUUUUUUUUUUCAAUGGUAGUUCCGCAGUUUGUGUAUGGUGGCUGAAUGUAUUUUACUUUUUAUUAUGGAGGAUUAAAGGGAAAAUGAAAAGUUCUCGUUUGUAUCAAUUAGACUUUUAUUUUUUUGGCAAGGAGUUUAAGAACCCUGAGGGGGGAUUUUCUUUCUA